GAUCGCCUGAUGUGGCACUCGCGGGGCGGGGUCCGCUACACGGACCCCAUGAACUCCGUGUACUCCGAGGUGUGGGCCGCGCUGGACCUUGGGGGCGCGCUGGGCCUCCCGCACUGGACCAGCGCGGAAACGCGGGGGGACUUGCUCGAGGUUGUGCUGGGGGUGAACUUCGUGCUGCAGACGCAGGUGCGGCACCACCCCCUUCUGCCUCGGUUCGCGCACGCGGCGGGCGUGCUGGAGGAGGCGGUGGAGCUGGUGCUGGACCCCCCGGUGGGAGGGAUGCGUGGCUGCCACGACGCCCGAAACCCUCAAAUCGUUGGCUCCCGAAGCGUUCUGGUCCAGCCAGAGCAG